AUGACUUUAGUGGUAUCGAUAUUGAAAAGGCAGUUGAUUAUAUUAAAAAAAGUCAGUCAUACGAUUAUGGAAUUGGUCAAGGGCCCGGCGAGGAGUCGCACGGCGGAUCAACAUAUUGUGCUAUUAGCGCUCUUCACCUACUUAAUCGACUCGAUGAAGGGCUUUUGUCCAAGGAUCAGACAGUUUUUUGGCUCCUUUCGCGUCAACUCACUGGCUUUCAAGGUCGAGCUAACAAGCCACCGGAUGCGUGUUAUUCAUUCUGGAUUGGCGCAUCCUUAAAGCUUUUAGAUUCAUUUGAAUACAUCGAUUUUAAACAGAAUUUCGAUUUUUUGAUGGAAACCCAAACUAAAUACGGUGGCUUUUCAAAGUGGCCUGGUUAUUCUGCCGAUAUGCUGCAUACUUAUAUGGGUGUAGCGGGACUUUCAUUAAUGAACGAACCUGAUUUACUAGAGUUGGACCCAGCUUUAAAUAUAUCUUUACGCGCGAAAGAAAGACUUCAUAAUGUUGCCUUCAGAAAAUAA